AUGGAUAGUGGAAGUGGCGGUGGCUGGUACAAUAGUCGAAAACAAUACCGAAGUGUCGCUUUUGGGACGUGGAAACCGGGAGCGGCGAAUAAAUUCUUCCAAAAGAGCACCUCGAAUUUGGACAAAUUCGAGACACAGAGCGAAGUGGAGAGCCGCUUUGUCGAGGCCACUUCGCAUCGAAGCCUUUACAACACGAUCGCCGUGACGAGAGGAGGAAAAGCGUGGAACGGUGAGGAGCUCUCUUCAACGAGUGGUGGAGGUCGAUUUCUGAACGUAAAACUGAAGAAAAUGGGUGAAUCGAGUCCGAAUUUGACUCGAAUCGAGAGGAGUCCGUACCAGCUUUUCCCACCACUUCGCCCAAACGAGACCUCGUACUCAUCGGACGCGAUGCACCGAAUUCUCAUCGAUCCACGGGGGAAACCAAAAGAUUGCUACAGCAGCAGUGAAUACGUCGCUUAUUUGGGCCGAAAGCACAGUCAGGAGAGAAUACAACACGAACCCUACCCAGUGUGGAGUGGGAGCCAGCAAGCCGGCCCGGGCGCAGCGUCGAGACACGGAGGAGAAGGGAAAAGAGAGGGACGUUUGGACAUCGCCCAACAUAAAGCAACCAGAGUGCACAGAAGUCAGAGUGCCGGAGCUGACGCCACAGUUCGUGUCCAUCAACCGGUCGACAUGCGCUCGCCAUUCACGCGCGCCGAUCCGAACGGCAACCAGCCGGGCAACGUGAAAUUUCUCCGCGCAACGAAGAAAUUCUUCAAGAAGAUUUAUUCGACAGCGACAUUGCCGAAAAAAUCGCCACAAUCGCCACAAGUCGAUCAAACGAUGCCGAGUCACACGAAUGUGCAACCGUUUUUCGAUUUUAGUUACCGCGAGCCACCCCGUUUCUCUUCAUCCGACGAUUGUGAUGAGCCACUGUACAAUUCAUCGUUUUCUACGUAUUGCUCAAAUUACCGUACUCCAGUGGAAACGUAUCGAAAUGAGUUGAAUUUGUCCACGACAUUGCAUUACCCGAAAUACGCGGACAGUCAGCCGGACAGUGGGGUCGAUGAUCGCUCAUCAACACCGGACGAGUCGAUGGACUCGGCUCCAUCCUCUUCAUCGCCCACCUCAUCCACUUCACCAUCCACCUCGACAUCGUCGAAAAGGGACUCGAGUGGAGACCAAAAGCCACAUGUUCAGAUUCCACCGAACGGCAACUGGAAUGAGGUUUUCGAGCAGCUGCGUCGCGAAAUGACUCUAAUGCGCGAACGGGAUCAACAAAUCCUCGCCGAUUUGCACAAAGUCGAAUCACAAUUGAAAAGCGUUCGCCUAGCGAAUUGUCAAUUCGGAUCGACCGAGGAUUUGGUGGGGAAUCGAGGGCCUGUUCCGAGUAUGCCAUUG